CUCUCUCUCUCUCUCUCUCUCUCCAAUCUUUUUCCCUCCCUCUGGAUCUCUGACCUAAUUGUCUCUUCCCUUCAUCAACACCACCACUAACCCUACCUCAUCUUCACCACAACUUUUAUCCAAAAACAAAACAGAAAAUAUCCUCCUCUUCCUCUUGAGGGAUUUCCCAUCUUCUGUUGAUCUUGAUCCCAGUACAUAGAUCCCUCUCUGCCCUUCGCAUAAACUACUAGGGUAUCAUUCAUUUGUCACAUGCAGAGAGCUUGUUAAUUGGGGUGCUAGCUGUUGGUCUACAUAAACACAGAUCGAAGAGCGGAAGAAUUGUGCUAGACUAGUAGAGGGAACUGAGCUCAGAAGUCAGAAGAUGACUCCAGCUAACUUGGCAGGGCAGUUUGGCGACACCACUUAUACGAAAGUGUUUGUUGGGGGAUUAGCUUGGGAGACUCAGAAGGAAACCAUGAAGAAGUACUUUGAACAGUUCGGUGAGAUCUUGGAGGCUGUGGUCAUUACUGAUAAGACUACCGGAAGAUCCAAGGGCUAUGGAUUUGUAACCUUUCGCGAGCCAGACGCAGCCAUGAGAGCUUGUGCUGAUGCUGCUCCUGUGAUUGACGGGAGGAGGGCCAACUGCAAUCUUGCCUCCUUAGGUGUUCAAAGAUCUAAGCCUUCCACCCCAAAGCAAGUAGGAGGUGGAGGAAGGAACUUUAGGGUAAUGAGCGCAUUCCAGGCGGCCGCUGGAGGAGGAGGAGGAGGAGGGGGAUAUCAAGGCGGGGUUGGCACAGCUUUCCCUUCGGCAACUUUCCCUCAUUAUGCCAUACAACAAGGAAUUCCUUAUAAUCUAUACGGGUACUCUCCAUACUCAGCAGAUUACACAUAUCCAACGAGUUACUACAGCAUAUACGGUGGGACAACAACUGCUCAAUAUCCAGUAUAUGGAACUGGAGCUGCUGGGGGGAUGUCCAUGAUAACCGGAGGAGGAGGAGCAGCAGCAGCAGCCGCCGCCGCUGCAGCCGCCUUCUACCCAUAUCUGAAUUUCGCGGAUGGCAGCGGGGGAGGAGCUACCGCUGCCGCCUACACUUCCAGCCACGGCUAUGCAGGCGUUCAAUACCCCAAUCAUCAUCUCUUCCAGUACUCUGCCGCCCUUAAUUCCGCUGCUGGAGCUUAUACCCAACACUAUGGUGCUGCUGCGGGUACCCCCAUCUCCCUUGCGCCCCCCACCCCGCCACUGCAAUCAGUUUGUUUUGCUGUGCCGCAGGCGUGACCAUGGCUCUGCAUGCAACGAUCCCUCAUCGUUAAACAGAACAAUCAGUCUAAUGGUCCUAAAUAGACGAAUUCCAAGCUGCUCCUGCUUUAUACUCCCAUCAGAAGCUACCUCUGGCCUAACCAUGGUUCUUUAUCCUCUUGCUCUGCCUUCCUCCUAUCCCUCAUAUGUGGAAGACCCUAUUUGUAAUCCCAUCAAGUGGAUGAAUUGGGGUCUUGCCAAAUGCAUUUUGAGUAACCCCCCAUAGGGGUCACCACAUCAAAAUGUGGAGAUCGGGAAAUGUGUUCUGAUCUCCCGCCCUUUGCUUCUCUUGGCAGGAAAGGAUCCUACUGGAGAAAGAAAGCAAUUGCAUUGCAUGCAUGCAUGUGCAUUGUCAUCAUCAUAUUCGUCACCAAACCAACUCGAGCCAUUUGAAGAGCUUAGUUGUUGGGCGUUGGUCAUCAUCAUAUGUUCAAAAACUUGGCCAGGGACAGGCUGAGUAAAAAGCUAUUUUGAAAUUAGCCCAAAAGGCAAUUCAAAUGGAUCCUUUUAAUGUUUAGUAGAAUUUUUUUUUUUUUGGUUGUAAUGAUCAGGUAUUAAUGUUAAUAAUCUUGUAAUGGAUUAGGCAAUAGCUAAGACCCUUGUCAGUGUUUGCCAUUAAUGCAGGCUUAUCUACAGAGUGGUAGUUAGUAUCAUUAGGACUCUAAGGGAUGAUAGAUUUCCUUUGAGUUUUUGUUAAUGUCAACUAGUCUUAAUCUUUUAAAACUGUGACUAGUCAUGUUUAUUUUCAAAAUUUCACCUUUUUUCUUUUUACCAUUUUGAAAUUUCUUGUUCCAACAAUCACAAAAGCCGUGUCUCGUUAAAAUAAGCAGACAAUCAUGCUGUCCUUAGGGUGAGGGUGAGUGGUUGUCGGUAGAUGUUGAUGUUUUCCUUGAGUUGGUAAACUCAUUGUGGCUGAACGUUUGGAAGUUCUAGCCUUCUUUCUUGUAGUAAGCUAUACAUAGGAUGGAUAAAGUUUUAGGUAACUCUCUUUUUUGUAAUUUUUCACUGGGUAGAUUUUACAUUGCAUCAACCUUUGAAGAACUCCAGUACUGAAUGGAACAGUGCGUGGAGUUCAAAUGCAUCAGGAAGUUACCCAUCGGGAGGUUUUUGUGUCCCUUUGGGUUCUUCUUUUCUGACACAACAACCAUGGUUAGAACUCAGGUCGUCAUCUCUCUUCUACUACUCCUAAGUUCUGCUCCUCGUCGCCAUCUCUCUCUCUCUCUCUCUCAUAAUUUGAGCUGGAACUUGCUAUUGUCUGUUAUGGAUAAGCCUAUGGUUUGUAAUAUACUAGUAACUAGGAAGACUGCUGCUUUUCAUCGAUGUCGAUUGAGAACAGUUACUUAACUCGCUACUUUAAUUUGUUUAUGCAAAUCAAACGCUACUUUGCCUA